AUGACGAAUGCUAUUAACGUCGUCAUUGUGGGCCAAUACAAACCGGUUCAAGUUAGUAACUACCACCCAGAAUUUUUUCCCGAACAGGACAAGAAGUCCUUGAGUUUGCAACCAGACUUGACGCAGACGGUACCCGCCUGUUACGAGUACCCUUACACCACCCCCGCCACGUCGAUAACCAAAUCGGCGUCGGAACAUCAUUAUGACGUUCCCCAUUUGGCUUCCGCUUCGGAUAUCCAAAUGUCACCCGCGACAAGCUCGACUCUGGAAUCGUCUAGCGGGAAACGGAGUCAAUUGAGCGGGUGCACCAAUCACUCGGAUUCUACGUACGAGGUAGCGACCGAUUCCGUAACUCUGCCGCUGUCCGCUUUGCCGGCCGCUUACGCGGUGACACCUACGACCAGCGGCAACUAUACCAGCGCAGCCGUGACUCACGCGGGCGCCUUCCUCAACCUCCCCGAGUCCGGAGUCAACCUCUUGGUCCCGGAAGGAGCGGUUUCCAGGAGUCGCAAACAAGAACUCUUCCUGUCGAUACUCAACGAGGACUGCUUCAGGCCUAAACUGGCCGAGCACCUGACUCAACUGAGUCCGGUGGUCUCGUGCGGCCCCAACGUCUCCCUUAACAAGGCGGUCAUCUUGAAACUACCCCACUGCGCGGAACUAACGAAGAACAACUGGUCGAUCAGCGUCUUGCAGAGCGACUGCAGCGACUCCCAGUGGCAGAACGCGGUAACCCUCGGCCAGGAAACGAUCAACACGAUCGUGUUUUGCCAAUUGGACAACGACGCCGCUUAUUUGGUCACCGAUUGCCUGUCGCGUUUCGUCAUCGUGGGCAGAUCCGUGAACGGCAACGCCAUCAAGAGACUGAAGCUGGCAGCGUUCGCGCCGAAACUCUGUUUCCAAACCACCGUCGAUUACUGUGUCAGGGUGUACAUCUUGGAAGACACCGACAGUUCCAUGGAAACCGUCUACGGGCAGGAAAGACGUCUGGGAGGGUACCUACUGGAUGAACCGAGAUCGAUGCUGUUUCAAGACGGUGGCAACAACCUUUGCAUGACGAUGGAAUCGGUAUGCGACGGUUGGAAAUCUAAACCGGGCUCAAACUACCAGGAGAUACCGUUCAUGCACGUGUGGCAAGCGAACAGCAACAGUCUCCAUUGCUCGUUCACCCUGGAAUCGUACGAGGUGAACCGGAAUCUGAGUUUUAAGCUGAAAGUGAACCAGAAAAACUUCGAGUACCACCAGGUGUUCGACAUCACGUGCAGAGACGACGUGUCCGAUUCCAAGACCAAGUUUAACCACAACGAACUAGUGCCAAAAAUAGCGUUGCAGCACGGUAGCGAGACGAGCCGAUCGAGCGAUUCGAAGAAGAGUGCCAAAAACUUGAUAGUGACAGAUAAGGGCGUGUCGACGUGCGACGACUUUACGUUUAGGUUAUGUAAGCAAAUUAGGAAGCAACUGUGCCACUGUCUCGACACUCCCGUACAAAGGGGCAACGACUGGAGAAUGUUGGCACACGCGUUAAACGUCGACCGGUAUAUAAACUUUUUCGCGACAAAACCCUCACCGACAGACUGUAUAUUGGACCUGUGGGAGUCUAGGAACAGGAACAGUAACGCCUUAACCGAACUUAAGCAGAUAUUUAGCGACAUGGAGAGGUACGACGCUGUGAAUAUUUUAGAAAAUUGUUUGGGACCCAACUGGUUGUAAAUCGUUAGAGACUGUAUUUCCCUUUGACUUUCACGAACGACGCCGAGUAUAACGAAACACACCGAAGCGGCCUAAAACAGGCACACGAGUACCGACAACGCAAUGAUUUACUUCUCGUUAACUGCCCAAGCUUACAAAUAGAUUAUAAUUGUGAAGCUAACCGAAGCGGUAAUACUAGUUUUACACUGACAAUAACUUCAUGAAGUGUAAGGGUUUAAUUCCUUGAUAAAUAUGGAGGUUAUGUUUUACUUUGUCAGUUGUUUUAAAACAGUUUUUAUUCAUAACAGUCCUUAGUUGGUUGAAAUGUUUAAGCCCCAGUCUAUUCCACAAAAUUCUAUAAGAAUUAGAAAAAUAUAUGCUGCCCUUGCUCUUAUUGUUGCUGGAAUUUUUUUUGUACCUAUGUAACAUCGAAAGAAGAUAAUUAAGAUAAAAAAAGAGGUUCAAUUUGGCCAAGAAGAGUUUACAAGUAGGGAUGAACAGUUUACAGUAGUUUUUGAGGAUAUCAAAUAAAUUACCGUACCGUGUGAAUGCUCAGAUCGAAAAAAUGAACAUAAAGUUUCGACGCGUGAGACUUCUAGGCAUAAGAUUUCUAGUCACAGGUGAAAAUACAUUAUACUGGGGGUCUCACACAAGGUGUUACCAAGAAAUUUGAAAUAGCAUAUUCUAUUUAUCUACUUGUAUUCUUAACAUGUAUUUAUGAUAAAGCCAAAUGCACUCUACUGGUAUAUGUAUUUAUAUAAUAUAUAUGUUACAGUUAAUGCGCAAACUUGAGUAGUUUGUAAACUAGCUGUGCAGUUUACAGUCUAACCAAACUGUUGGCUAUUUUAAUAGAAAACGCAUUUUCAUCCAACUUGGCUAAUUUAGUUGAAAUUAUUUAGAAAACUAUAUUACCUGGUUAGUUUAUAAACUAAUCGUUACAGUCUAGCUAAUAUAAAACCAUAAUUUAUAGUAAUACAAUAUAGCCGAACAUUAGGCUACUUUAGAAACUUACCAACCAUGGUUUAUGAUUUACAUACUAGCUGGAAUAGUUACCCACAAAAUGCUAACCUUUGUUUUAAAUUUGUUUAUUAUAUAAAAAUUUGUGUGUUUCUUAAAUUAUUGUAUAGCAGGUAGAAAGAUUGUUUAGAUAUAUGGCACAUCAACUAAGGCGCCAAACAAUUAAAAGUAUGAAGCUAGCACUAAUAAUAAUAAUAAUAAUAAUAAUUCGCUGUUACAGGUGUAUCCCAGAGCAAUGCUUUUAAUUUUUUUGUUCAUUCAAUGUUUUUUACACUGACGCCUUACAUAACCUUGUGAUGAACCUGAAACUAAUCAAAAGCACUACUAAUGCUUAUUUCUGUGUCUUUUUUGAAAUAAUCGGGAAACAAGAAAUUUUGCUUCCAAAAAUCAAUUCGUGAAAAUAUUUUUUCCCAAUUACUUCCCGACAAUCUUUUCUUAUCUUUUCUGUCCUUUGUUUGUUGUGUGUGUAAUGUGUAAUGUAAACAUAAAUCAUCUUCUUUGCACAUUGAGCAGCUCUGUAAGCUUGUACUGUUUUCUAUUUCUCCUAUUUUAUUUGGUCAUUAGAAGGACUAGUGCUGUUAAUAUAGGAAACUCCCAUUUGCAGUUUUUUCUUACCUUACUUUUUUCUUUUUUAACUGGCAUUUCUUACAUCCGUCAAUAAACAAUAUUACAAUUUAUUGAGAUAUAUUUGAACAUUUUUGAUUCAUUAGCUUUGUUGUAGCUUGUCUUUCACCGGGUCCAGUUGACUGAUGACAUUCUUUAAUAAUAUCAACCACAUCAUUCAUGCAAGCUGUUAUUUUGCCAGAAACUCGUUUUAAAUCAAAAUGCUUAUUCCAAUAAUAAUCAGAUUUUUGCAUAGUUGAUAGUCUAGUGACACGUAAGUUCAUUAAUCUUUCGACACCACUUUUGUAUAACUGCUGUCAUAAUGAAGUUUGGAAUGAUUUGCUUCUUUACAAUUCAGAUUUAAUAACGUAGCGUUAAAUGUUUCUUUGUGGUCCAUUUUAGUAUACUAAAAGUACGUUUAAAAUGUAAACAACACACCCUCAUAGUAUAAAAAAAAGAAAAGUACUAACAUAACCUAAAUUUAUUUCUCCAUUAGCCACAGAAUUGGUUGGAAAUGGUUUGGCUAUUUUGUAUUAUUAUAAAUUAUGGUUCUUAUGUUAGCUAGACUGCAACGGAUAGUUCAUAAAGUAACCAACUAAUACAGAUUUCUAGUAAAUUUAUAUUAAACAAACUCUUUAUUAGUUUAUAAAAUAGCCGAUAAUAGAGGUGAAAAAGCGUUUUCUAUUAAAAUAGUCAACAGCUUAGUUACCUUGUAAACUACACAGCUAGUUUACACACAAAUCAAGUUUACACGUUAGCCGCAACUUAUAUAAUACUUAGUACAAUCUAGGUAUAUUGUUGGAAUGUGCAUAAUGGUACGGAUCUUCUACAGGUGUUGUACUAAUCAAAACCUUAUUUAGAUGUUUUUAACAAAGUUUUGCCGAAAUAAAAGUUUUAGAUUUUCACUCACUAUUUGGAAUUGACUGACAUUUAAUUGGCAAUUUUAUCUCUGCUAGAUUGAGGUAUUUUGAAAAAUUGAAAAUAAUGAGUUUCUAUAAUUUAUUUAUUCUUGAAUAUAUUCAAUUCUUGCUAAAACUUACGUGGAUAAACUUUUCAUAUAGGAAAUGCUUGAUAGUCAUAUUUUAUUUGUAACAUUUGAAGCUAUUUUAAGUUUGUCGAAGUUUACUACUUUUUUGAAAUAAACAUCAAAACCUUCUUUGGAAGAAAAAUGUCUUUCAAAGCCGGACCGCGAACGUACACACGUCUUAUACAAAAUUGAAGUUACAACCAUCGACAAAUUAUAACCUAUUGGUUAGUUGCUAUGCCCUUUGAAUAUAGAUAAAGCAGAUCGGUUAUAUACUAUGGUUAUUUACUAGAAUUAUUUAUCCAAUUGAUUGUUAAUCAUAUAUAUUUUUUUAUUCAGCUUGAAGUUGUUUUGAGCGUCUUGUUUAGUAGUAGCUAAUAGCCGUGUUUUGAAAAUUUAUGGAAUUUGAAUCAUGAUAUAAUUUUAUUCGCUCCCAAAUGCAUUUCAUCUUGGAGGCUUUUCCACCCACGAUUUUUAACAUCACAUGAGACUUUUGUAAUGUAAUAAAAAAACUAAGUGCUAAAAAUCUACUCAAAGAAAUUUUCUUAGUAGAAUAUUUGGAAAAUAUUCCGAGUAUAUGAAUAGGUGGAAUAGAUUAUGUAUAAACUUUUUAGGGAUUUUUUCAGAAGUACUAUCAUUGCUGAUAAAAAAUAUUCGUUUCUUGUAUAUUAUGCGAAUAUACUUAGCGCGUUCUAAGACCUAUACACUGAAAAGUAUUUUAGCAGCAUAUGUGACGUAUACGUUAUAUGUUAUAUGGAAAUGUGAGACACCCGGUACACCUUUCGAAUAUCAGAGUCUCCUACUACCUAUUUGUAGCAAAAGUUGUAAUUAUGUUUUAUGUAAUUAUGUUUUUUGUAAUUAUGGUUUAUGGUAAAAAAAUGGUUACAUGCGUGGGAUUGACGUAAAAAGUUCGCUAAUUUAUUUGACUACUGUUUGAUAUCAAAGUGGUUCAUUGCACUUGUCAAAUUUGUUUGUUUGAACCAAUUUCAAGAAUUAAUUCAUGAAGAAAUUGUCACUGUAAGCCUAGUAUAAGUAAGGAGAUGCUGUGCAAUCCAUUUAUUUAAUAACGAACUGUAUUUGUAUUAGAUGUAUAGUGGAGGGAAAAAUCUUUCCUGCAUACCUAUAGUCACUUGUUAAGUAUAGGCACUAAACUGCGAACAUCUGCUUAAGGAAUGUACGAAGUUAUAAGCGGUACGAUAAAAAAAAGCAUUUAUAUACAUAUUAUACAUAUACACGUAGAGUUUUAUACAAAAAAAUCAAAAAUGUAGUUUUCUAGGUAUUUUAGAAAUGUUUUGUACAAAGCAAUCACAUGAAUAUAUAUAUAUAUUCCUAUGUAUUUAUAACUAGAAAACAGUUCUCCGUUGACAUGUAAUAUUAUGUAUUUUAGAUUCUAAAGGUAAUGUAUAUAAUAUGGUCAAUAUAUAAGAUUUUUAUGUAA